AUGACCACAACCAACACAACAAUCCUCAUAACCGGCGCCGCCGGAGGCAUCGGCCUGGCCACAUCGCGGCACUUCAACGCCCUCCACCCGACCAGCACCAUCAUCCUCACUGAUCUGCUCACUCACCAAGAGACCACUGAAUCCCUGAUCCAGGGUACAUUCCCGCAUCCGGAAAAGGCAGUCUUUCUUCCCGCUGAUAUUCUGGACUGGGGACAAAUGACACGGCUGUUUAGGACGAUUGCGCGGGAAUAUGGUGGGGUGGAUGUGGUGGUUGCGAAUGCGGGGAUGAUGGAGUCUACGUCUGUGUUGGAUUUGGAGGAUGUUGAUGAGGAGACGGGGGAGUUGAGGGAGGGUUUGGAGGCGAGGAGGGUGGUGGGUGUUAAUUUGUUGGGGACUUUGAGUACACUGCGACUGGCAAUGUAUCACAUGAAAGAGAAUAAGAACGGGUCAAUUGUGCUGGUGGCUUCUACGUCGGGUUAUUUUGGAGGAACGGGUGUCACGGCUUAUGUGGCUUCCAAGCAUGGUGUUGUGGGGUUGCUUCGGGCAUCGCAAGUGACAGCGCAAAAGUAUGGCAUUCGGGUUAAUGCCGUUGCACCGUUUAUGACCCCGACUAGAAUGACGGCUGGUUUGUCUCAGAGCUGGCAGGAUGCUGGGCUCGAAGCGAACUCUCCUGAGCGGGUGGCGGAGGUUAUUGAGCAGGUCGGGAUGGAUACGGACCGAAGGGGCUCUUGUAUGCUGGUUGCUGGAAGAUUUCUCAGAGAGAUGGAGUCGACAAGGAUGGAAUUGCUCCCAUCAUGGCUAGGUCAAGACGUUGCGGAUUUCAUGGCGAAAGCAAUGAAGUUUAUUGCAGAUAUCGGAGGCUAUGUGCUUCCUGCUCGUCUAUAG